CCCUAAGCCUUACUUCAGCCUUGCUAGUCCCAAACCUGAAGCAGCUACAGCCAGAUGGGACCUUGGAUCACAUAAGCCUCCCUAAAUGAGAAGCCAAGAAGCCUGCGUGAAAGUUUCCUCUUCAGUUUUGUGGAGAGAGACUCAGGUAUAGAAAUACCCUUGCUGCCUGCCUGACCUGAAGCAGGAGAAACCACUGACAGCUUCAUUCCCAGGCUCGCCAUGUGCACCGCCAGUGCCUGUGACCUGGAGGAGAUCCCCUUGGACGAUGACGACCCGAACAGCAUAGAAUUCAAAAUCCUGGCAUUCUAUGCCAAACACCAUGUCUUCAAGAACACACCUGCUGCCUCCUCGCCAAAGCUGCCGAGAACGAGAAGUUUGUCCCAGAGAGGACUGGGGAGUUGGCCAUCUAAUGAGUCGUGGACCCAAGUGACAUGGGCUUGGAGAACUUCCCCAUCCACCGAGAAGGCCACAAACCUGGGCAAGAAAAAGUCUUCCUGGAGAACACUCUUUGGAGUGGUGGAGAAGGAGGAAAAUGAACAGAGCCCACCUAUGUUCUGUCUGGAGGGUCGAAUAGCUGAGUUUCAAGGGCCCAGUCAUCCAAGGACAAGGUCGCUUUCUAAUGUGGGACAGCAUAUACAGCAUGAAGCCGAGGACCCCAAAGUCGCUUCCAUUGCCAACCGCGUGGCCGAAAUUGUGCAUUCCUGGCCCCCAGCCGAAGAGGUCCACGGCCUGGGGGAAAGCCGCAAGGCCAAGGGCAGUUCUGUCCAUCAGUUCGUCCAGCGCCAGGGCCAGUGCUCCCAGCCUCGAGCGCCCAGUGCUAAGAAAGAUGGAGAAGAGCAAAUAAUAGCCAAAAUCGUUGAGCUGCUGAAAUAUUCAGGGGAUCUGUUGGAAAGAGAGUUGAAGAAAGACAAGGCUUUAAUGAACAGCUUCCAGGACCAGCUGUGCUACCCUGUUUUCAAGAUCAUCACAGACCAAUUCCUAAGGGGUGUGGACACCAGGGGAGAAUCAGAGGUCAGAGCUCAGGGCUUUAAGGCUGCUCUUGUAAUAGACGUCACGGGCAAGCUCACUGCCAUCGACAAUCACCCCAUGAAUAGGGUGCUGGGUUUUGGAACCAAGUACCUCAAAGACAACUUCUCGCCCUGGGUCCAGCAGCACGGUGGAUGGGAAAAUGUACUUGGAAUAUCACAUGAGGAAGUAGACUGAAACAUCAGAAGAUUUGUAAUCUGGAAUACUCAUUAUUCAACUAGGAUCCUGUCUACAUUGGUCGCAGCAUAGACUAUGGGAGGAAAUAAACAUGUACAAGGCAGAGGGAGCACUGAAGUUUUCAGAGUCAUUGUUCCUAGGAAUCCAGAGGCCUGAGGGGAGAGGCCUUGCCCGUCUGUAGCUCAUAGAAUGUAGUAGUGUGGCCGGUAACAUCCAUGGUUUUCAGGUCCUCCAGUGAGUGUUGGAGGAAGACUAGGAAGACAAGUGGUAAUUUUCCUUUCAGAUGUUCAGAACAGAAACAGUCAUCUUGCCUCUGUGGGCUGCUUUAGGGAAAUUCUGUUACAGAUAUUUGCUGAUCUCAUGAGGGUGAAAUGAUAAAUUGUGCAUGUGUUUA